GUGUUGACCACAACUCACGCCAAACAUGUCAUCGCAACCACUCGUCAGUCGUCUCACCCAGAGUUGGAUCAACUCAGAGACAAACACCCGAAUAGACUCCAUGUCCUGCAGAUUGAGAGUAAGGACUAUAAGAGCUAUGAGGGGUUUGCCAAAAAGGUGGCCGAUAUAGUGGGUGACCGGGGGUUGGAUACACUCAUCAAUAACGCGGGAAUAUUCCUCUGGAAAAAGUUGGAUUCAGUGACCGCUGAGGAUAUGAUCGAGAAUUUUGAAGUGAAUUCUGUGGCACCGCUUAUGUUAACCAAAGCAUUGCUGCCAUUGCUUAAGGUAUAA